AUGUCCCAAUCACCCAAGAUCCUGUCUGUGGAGGAGCUACCCACCUCCGAUGCCAAAUGGAUCACUUUGAAGAAGAUACACUGGAGCGACCCGGACGGGAAGCAGAGGACUUGGGAGUGCGCAGAAAGAACAACGAGAGGCUCUUCCGGCAUUGACGCCGUCGCCAUCCUUGCCGUCCUUCGCUCAGAGACAAAUGCCUUCCCGCCCUCGACUGUCAUCAUCGAGCAGUUCCGGCCUCCCGUUGGCAAGUUUGUCGUCGAGCUCCCCGCAGGCCUCAUCGACGGGGGCGAGUCGCCGGAGACGACCGCGAUCCGCGAGCUCGAAGAAGAGACGGGCUUCAAGGGCACCAAGAUCCUCGAGUCCUCGCCCCUGCUCGUCUGCGACCCCGGUAUGACGACGGCGAACAUGAAGCUCGUGGCCGUCGACGUGCCCUUUCCCGACAAACUCGAGAUGUCCGCACAGAAGCUCGAGCCAGGCGAGUACAUCACCGCACGCAUCGUCGAGCUGCCCAAGCUCGCCGCAGAGCUGAGAGAGUACGAGAAGAAGGGCUUUGUCGUCGACGCGAGGCUCUCGCAUUACGCGUCCGGGUACGAGAUGGCGGAGAGGUUGCGCCAGACGAAGUUGUGA